AGGGCGGCGGCAGUUGUGGUGACUGAGCGGAGCUCGCUGACAGGAUGUUGGUGUUGGUAUUAGGAGACCUGCACAUCCCACACCGGUGCAACAGUUUGCCAGCUAAAUUCAAAAAACUGCUGGUGCCAGGAAAGAUUCAGCACAUUCUCUGCACUGGAAACCUUUGCACCAAAGCGAGUUAUGACUAUCUUAAGACUCUGGCUGGUGAUGUUCAUAUUGUGAGAGGAGACUUUGAUGAGAAUCUGAAUUAUCCAGAACAGAAAGUUGUGACUGUUGGGCAGUUCAAAAUUGGUUUGAUCCAUGGACAUCAAGUUAUUCCAUGGGGAGAUAUGGCCAGCUUAGCUCUGCUGCAGAGGCAGUUUGAUGUGGACAUUCUUAUUUCAGGACACACACAUAAAUUUGAAGCAUUUGAGCAUGAAAAUAAAUUCUACAUUAAUGCAGGUUCUGCCACUGGAGCAUGUAAUGCCUUGGAAACAAACAUUCCUUCAUUUGUGUUGAUGGAUAUUCAGGCUUCUACAGUUGUCACUUAUGUGUAUCAGCUAAUUGGAGAUGAUGUGAAAGUAGAACGAAUUGAAUACAAAAAAUCUUAAAUCGAGGCUUGUCCUGAUGAUUUUUCUGUUGGGCUUUUCU